AUGGCACUUGGGAGCUUCUUGACCAUGGUCCUCAUGUUGCGCGAGGCCAUUGCCGAAUGGCUAGGCAUCAACGGAGGAUUCAGCGAGGACUACGUGGACCAUUUGGGGCGCCGGUGGCAUCACACCAAAGAGAAGUGGACUCCCACUGGCUGGGGAGGAUAUGAUGCCUUGUUGCAACACUACAGUCGCGAGGCAGAUGCGCCGAACCAAACCUUCCGUGCCAAUCUCCAGGAUGCCUCGGCGAAAGUGAGCUACUACACGGUGAAGUACCAGUUCUGUGAGAAGAAUCGGAAUGGUGGCGCCAAGAUGAAUAUCAUGAUCAAUGGAAAGCUCGUGAAAAGGGACUUUACCACGUCGUGUCAUCACACGAUCACUGACAUCUACCACUUCAAGUGCAUUCCAACACAGAGUGGUAUGAUUGAGGUUUCCAUCCAGGGAGAUCCUACUGCAAAGAAGCCGCAAGCGCGCUUUUCGACGCUGGAAUUUGAGAAGUCCUUGGACGGCUGUGGUGAAUGUGAACUGUCUUGUGGGGUCAAUGGCUUUUGCAGUUCUUCUAGCCACUACGAAAAUCCCUACAGCUGUGGAGACCGUGGCAGCGAGUUCCUGCACAACGAGUUUGACCCUGAAAAACUGCGCAGUAACGCCAGUCGUUGCGCCUGUGGCUCUGGAGUACAAGGCGACUUCUGUGAGCUGGGCGUCUGCGCGAAGACCAGCUGCAAUGAGCCUUUCGGUGGCGUAUGCCUCAAUGGCACCUGCGCGUGUCUCAGUGGCUACGCCGGGCGCAGCUGCGAGAGGCCGCCGGAGACGGACCAGUUUGGCUGCUAUAGCCAAGAGGAGGUCACCGCCCGAGAAAUCCUGGGACCCUCUUCUGAACGGACCUGGAAGGUCUAUGGGCCCCUGACAGUGUCGACCAUUUGCUUGCCCGAGCUCAUUGCAGGUCCAGCUCGUCAUGGACACCUCUUCCGCGGGCCCUCACCCAUGCAGGGCGUGUCUGAUCGGACAAAGGCCGACACGGUGUACUUCUCAUGGACCGCAGACACCAAGUAUGGCAAAAGGGAUGCUGCUGGCUCAGAAGGACGUGUCUAUGCGAGCAAGCUGAAGAUCGGGCCACAAGGUUACAAGGACGCCAGUCUUUCCGUGGCAUCUUGCGUGGAGGCAUUGUUCUUCGUGAAUUGCGCAUUUCGGUGGCUGACGGAUUUCACCAAAAUCUGCUUCAACUUCUUGAGGAAUGCAAAGUACGAGGACUUGGAGUUGCCUCAGGGAGGUGCCGCAAUCUUGGAGUCCAGCGUGGCUUUUGAGGGCUUCGUCCGUGCAGGCGGAGUGGAUGUGACUGAGGACGGAGUGCUCGGCAUGCUCUGCGCGAAGUAUUGGCAUCCAUGGGUCGAGCACACGAAUAGCCAUUUAGACAAGGCUGCGAUGGUCUUGGCAGUUUGCGAAGUGAACACCAGCACCAUGACUCGGCAAAGAACGCCCUGGCAGAUUGGGAAGCAGUACCAGGAGAGCACCACCGCUCCAAACACUGGAAUUUGGGGAUCCUAUCCCUUGACGGCAUGGUUUGCCCAGCGCUCCGCGGGCUAUGGCUAUUUGCUUUACGCGCCGGCGCAACAGUUGUGGACCGCGUGGUAUGGCGCCACGGUGGGAAGUCACACGGGCUUUGCAAUGCACACUUAUCACCGAGAUGCCCCAGAGAUCAGCCAGGAGGAGUACGCCAAGUACACGUACCCCGUGCCACGAGAGAUGGUGGAACUUCGAGAGGAGGCGGAGGGUCCCUGGAGGGAUCACCACCGCACCGGCACGGGAGACCAUCAAGCGUCCGCGGCUUGGCGGUAUCAUCCGCGGCUGAAGGACAUCGGCCUCCAGAAGCACACGCAUGGCCCGGUGUACAUGCAGCAAUAUGGCCUGGCCAAUGGGUCGGUCGGUCAAUUGCCAGCAGGGGAGUUUGCCAAUCCCGGGCACAAGACUGGGCGCUUGGAGAUGCUCUUUGGAGAAGAUACCGGAAUUCAGGCGAAUGCCUUACGCCCCUGUGGAGAGGAUUGGAUCGUGGGGAUUAUUGCAAAGGUCGGGGGCAACGUUUGUGCGAAGGUCACACGACUCGGGGAGAUCACCACUUGGAAGAGCAUCGAGCCAUCGGUGGGCAAGAUGCCGUGUGGCUCCUCCGGCGGCGCAUGUGGCGAUGGUGCCAAGGGUCGAAUGUUGCGGAUUGCUCCACUGGGCUCCAGUGAGGAGGAGGCGCUGUGUGGAGCAACUGCCCGGUUCUUGUUUGGCUAUGAGAAGGAGGACCGGACCAGAUGGCUCGUGGAGGUGGAUGGUGACUGUAAUGAGAUCUCUGAGAAAAUGGACGUGACCCAAUCGACCCAUUGGCCACUUUACCAGGACUGGACCACAACAACUGCUGGCGAAGUGGUUUGGGUGACCACCUGGCAAGCCGAUGUGAAAGGAAGCUUCGGUCCCGUGGGCAGCCCCAAUGGCGUGUGGCCCUACAAGCCCAAACCUCAACUGGAGGAGGAGGAGUACCUCUUUGACCUGACGCCCGAGGCCACCAACGCCGCCAAGGUCACGGUCUAUUCUCCAUGGAGAGGGACCACCACAUCCAUGAGCUCUACGGCGUCCUCCAGCACGUUGUCCACCACGGUCGUCGUGAUCUCCACGAGCAUCUGGCUCCUCUCAGGCUUUCAACCCGCUGAAGGAGGGGAAGAUCGCGCCUGUCGUGGGGCCUCAGCGUCCGACAACCAUGCCACUUACUAUGUGGUGGUGGAGGCCUCAUCGCUGGAGGCCUGUCAACACGCCUGUUUGGACCAGCCCCUAUGCUCCGGUGUGGAGUACUCACCGGGCCGCUGCGAAGUCUGGACCCGCCCGGGCGGCAUCCGAAGCACCAAGCCGCUCAGGGGCUUCAGUUGCUACCGGCUGGAACCGCCGGGUGCCUUUGCCCUGCGCCCCGUGGACGGUGGCCAUAGGGCUUGCCGCGGCCAAACGGCGAGCGACAACUCGCCGGAGUACAUGAAGGUCCUUCCCAUUGGCCGCCUCUUUGACUGCAAAGCAGCAUGUUUGCAAGAUCCGGAUUGCACUGGCAUCGAGUUUUCGCUGGGCCGAUGCGAAGUAUGGACUCGAAGCAUCCACGCCAGUGCGGAGAUUUCAAACUUCACAUGUUUAGCCCUUGAAGGUCCCAGCUUUCGAGAGGUGAAUGGCCCAGGGCAAGCAUGUCGUGGAGCUCACAAAAGCGACAACUUGAUGAGCUACUAUGAGGUGGUCCCAGACACCUCCUUGGACGCCUGCAUGUGGUCCUGCACGGGCCGACUGGGUUGCAGCGGCGUCGAGUUUUCACAGGGCCGCUGCGAAGUCUGGAGCCAGCAAAUUCAGGCCACUAUAGCAUUGGAGGGCUUUGCGUGCUUGCGGUAUGCUCCUGUUCUUCAGAACCUCCAGAGCUUCAUCCGGAAGCGGCGCCAACAUUUCCUUGGUUUAUUGCAGACAAGCUCCAAGGAGAAUCUAUCAAGAACAAAGCUUGAGGGAGCCUCUGAGGAGCUUUGA